CGCUUUUUGACCCUCUGAGGCACCCGGAGUUGUAGUACAGAGAAGCAGUAGUUGUAGUCUGUUUCACGGCUGGUAAAGCAAUGUCUGAAACCGGGAGCCCAGGAGCCGUUUCCGUGCGGGAUGUACAAGACCUCAUCGCCAGGAAGGAAGAGAUCGAGACGCAGAUAAAGGCUUAUUACGAUGUCCUGCAGGAUCAAAAAAACGUUGGAAUGGAAGGACCCCUAAUUGAUAGAGAGGGCUUCCCAAGAGCAGACAUAGAUGUUUACCAAGUGCGGACUGCCCGGCAUAACAUCAUCUGUUUGCAAAAUGAUCAUAAAUCCAUCAUGAAAGAAAUUGAAGAAGCGUUGCACAACUUACAUGCCAGAGAAAAGGAAAAGAGACAGAAAGAUGAAGCAGUGGCCAAGGCUGAAGCGCAAAAACACAACCAGACUUUACCCAGUGCAUUUGCCAGAGUUGAUGCAGUCACUCCAGGAUCUCCAGCUAGUAUGUGUGGAUUGCUUGUUGGUGAUGAAAUAAUUGCAUUUGGUUCAGUAAAUACAAACAACUUUCAGACACUACAGAAUAUUGCCACCGUAGUACAACACAGUGAAGGGAAACCAUUAAGUGUGACUGUUGUUCGAGAUGGAAAAUCAGUUCAUUUGGGACUCACUCCUCAGCGAUGGAAUGGAAAAGGGCUUUUAGGAUGUAACAUCAUUCCAAUAAAAAGAUGAAGCUUCUGGAUGUCAGAGGUUAAAGUUGUUUUACCCGAUGUUUAGAUGUUGGAACGUGGACUGAUUUUAGAAGAACUCUCUUUUCUUUGCUUGUCUUAUUUCAACAUCUGAGUAAAACCUUGUAUGAUUUACACAAUUUGCAUUUUUCUUAUUUAUAGGUAUGCCAUUUGUAGACAACAAGUGGAAGCCAUAUUUGGUGCUGCCAAAACUAUUAAUAAAAUGUCUCCUAAAGAAUUUAUAAGUGAAUUUUCCAAUUCAAAAUUGAUUAUUUGCAUUCCUAUGCUGUAUCACCCUGACACUUUCUUCCCCUUUGAUGUGGCCCAACAGAUAUCCUCUCCGACAAGAUGAGUGGUAGAAGUUCUGGUUGUAUGUCUACAACAUAUUCCACUAUCAUUUCUAAAAUAAACUGGGUGACCCACACCUCCAGAGUAGCAUAGAGAUCCACAGGGGUCACUUAUGCUGGCCACCCUGUUGCUUACAGCCCUACAACCUAAUUUGAGCACUGCCUAGAAAGCUUAGUACUUAGAAUUUAUUGCAGGACUCUCUUAUGAAUAAUAAUGGGAUCCUUUUAGUGGACAUUCCUCUGUUAAUUAGAUUAUUCUGUACAAAGUCGUUUGGCGGUGGUAGAAAGCAUACAUAGGCCCUUAUUUACUAAGAGUGUUGUGUAGGUUUCUUUGUGGGUUUUAAUUCCCUACAAUUUAUUUUCCACGGUAUUUACUAAGGUUUCCCUACAUUUUCCACUUUCCCUACACUUUGCUUUUUUUUGUUACACAUGCUCUGAUCUGUCGGGUUUUCUAAAGCUCAAAUCCACCACAUUUUAUGUUGAAACCUUAGUAAAUAUGUUGGGUUUUUGUGAAAAUGUCGGGAACAUGCCCCUUUGUGGAGACCAUGCCCCCUUUUCCCAGUGGCCACGCCCUUUUUUUUUAGGGUUUUCUUAGCGAAGUGGAGAGUUAGUUGGAGUUUUUUUCAAUUCUGGUGCAAAAUCUCUCACAGACAGAAUUUCUGGCGCAAUGCGCCAGACUCUGGCGCACAGCCCAACAAAACAUGUUGGGUUUACAAUAGUAAAUGAGGGCCAUAGUGUUGAACCAGAGAAUGAUUUGGGAGCUUUUGUUCACUGACUCUUAUUUCCUGUUUUAAUCUAGGAAAAUUAAAAAAUAAAAAUAAAA